AUGGAUGAAGAGAGGGAAAAGGGUAAAGAGGUGCCAGCGGCAGGCGGUGAGAGCGAGAGCAAGAGCGAGGAGGCGAGUAGCAGCGAGGAGGAUGCGCCGAGCGUGGUAAGGGAAGGGGAGGACGAAGAGGAGGAAGAAGCGCGGGAUAUUGGACGACAACGCUCCACAAAGGGGAAGGACAGCGAAAAAGAGCAGCCAAACGCUUCCAAGUGGCAGGCCUGCAAGAACUUCGCGCGCUCCCUCAAAGACCCCAAGAAGCUGCUUCGCAGGAAGCCUCGUCCAUUGGAAAUUGAGAUCAAUAAUUGGGUGGUGAACAAGGCAAAGGGCUACCCCAAGAACCGCUUCACCACGUCCAAGUACACGUGGUGGUCGUUUGUUCCCAAGACCAUCUACGAGCAGUUCCGCAAGUUCUCCAACUGCUACUUCCUCCUCGUCAUCAUCAUCCAGUUCAUUCCCGCCCCGCAGCUUCUACUGCUUCGCUUGACUCUCACCACCAUCCUGUGGGUGCAUGGAAUGCAGGGCAUGUCUCCGUUCAUCCCGGUGGCCAGCGUCAUUCCACUGGCGUUCGUCAUCCUCAUCUCCGCUCUACGCGAGCUUGUAGAGGACAUCUUUCGCCACAUCGAAGACAGGAAGAACAAUCGAAUAUUGUAUCGCAUGCUCCGUGACCCUGCGGAGGGCUGGCGAGAGACGCGGUCGCAAGACUUGACGGCGGGCGACAUCGUGCAAGUGAACGAUGCGCAGCAGAUCCCGGCCGACAUGGUGUUGCUCUCCUUGUCGCAUCCCAAGGGCUCGUGCUACAUCACCACGGCCAACCUUGAUGGUGAAACAAACUUGAAGCUGCGCAGCGCGUUGGAUGUGACGGCGAGGCUCGGGGUGGACGAGGAUCAAAUGCUAAAGCUGCGCGGGCUGGUGGAAGCUGAGGCACCGAACGAGCACAUCUACCACUUCAUCGGGCGGUACGCCAUGCCGGGGGACACCAAGACCUCCGACCAGGGCACUGAAGACGAGAUCGAAAUGGGCGAGCUCAACAAGUCCGAACCGGGCACGAGUGAGAGGAAAGUGUUUCCUCUCGGCAACGAUCAGCUGCUCCUGAAGGGCUCGCAGCUUCGCAACACGGAUAGCGUCUACGGCCUCGUCGUCUACGCAGGGAGGGAUACCAAGCUGGCGCUCAACUUGCACAAGCCGCCCAGCAAAAUGUCCACAGUCGACCGUACCCUCAACGUGUGGGUACUGGCCAUCUUUGUGGUGCUCGCCUGCCUGGUGCUGCUGCUCGCCAUGGGCAGCAUCAUCUGGGAUAAUGACGACCGGGGUCCGAUGUGGUAUGUGGACAACCCCUACAGCGUCGGGGUCUACUUCAUCAGGAACGUGGGGACCUAUCUUAUCCUCCUCUCCAACUUUGUGCCCAUCUCGCUGUGGGUGACGAUCGAGCUCAUCAAGGUGGGCCAGUCCAAGUUCAUGACGUGGGACAACCACAUGCGAUCAGAGGAAGGACUGCCCAUGCGAGUCAAGACCAGCAACCUCAACGAAGACCUCGGCCGCAUCCAACACAUUUUCACCGACAAAACGGGCACACUGACGGAGAACGUGAUGGAGUUUGCCAAGUGCUCCAUCGACGGAGUCAAGUACGUCGAGGCGCGCUACGAAGCGAGCAGCAAGCGACGGAAGAGCCAACUCCAGCAGUCCGGCGGUCAGCCCGCCGAGCUGGGCUCUGACGUCUCCUCCGUGGGCGCCACUGGAGAGGACGCGGAGAAGACCAUCGGGCCGGUCGGCAAAGUCAUACAGGGUCUCUUGCCGGAGGAACUGGAGGAGCACCCCGUGUACAAUUUUCUGCAAGUUCUCACCCUUUGCCAUGCCGUCGUCCCCGAGCGAGACAAGAGCACCGACCAGCUCAUCUAUCGAACGCCGUCUCCGGAUGAGAAGGCGCUGGUGGAGGCUGCGCAGAAGAACGGAUUCACCCUCCUGCAGCGCACCACCGACCACCUGACCGUCGAAGAAUUCGGCGAGCCGGUGACCUACGAGGUGUUGGCCACCCUCAACUUUGACGCCGCGCGGAAGCGCAUGUCAGUGAUCGUCCGCAGUCCGCACACCAACAAGGUGUACCUCAUGGUGAAGGGCGCCGACGACGCCGUCUACCAGCGUCUGGCCGACAACGACGCCAACGCCAGCCGAAAGGACGUGACGGCCAACCACCUCCAGCGCUUCGCGCGUACCGGCCUGCGUACGCUGGUGGUCGCGUAUCGCGAGAUCGACGAAGAGGAGUACAUUGCCUGGAAGGCGAGCUACGACGAAGCCUACACCGCCAUCGAAAAUCGAGAGGAAAUGUUGAACGCGACGUACGAGACUAUCGAAGACGGUCUCACCCUGUUGGGCUGCACUGCCAUCGAGGACAAGCUCCAGGACAAGGUCCCAGAGACCAUCGAAUUCCUUCUCCAGGCCGGGAUCAAGAUCUGGAUUCUAACGGGCGACAAGCAAGAAACGGCGAUCGAGAUCGGGCACUCGACCAACCUGCUCAAGAGGGGCAUGAAGCUGAUCACGAUCAACGCCCACUCCAAGGAGGCGUGCAGGGACAUGAUCCAGCGCGAGCUCGUCGCCUACGGCCUCAAGACUGCCGAACAGAUCGAGCAGGACAACCAGCGACGGGACGCCGGCAAGAAGCAGCGGUUCGUGUGGCUGCGCAAGUGGCUUCACAGGCACCUUGGCCGGCGCAAGCCCAAGCCACAGGAACCGGUGUCGCUGGUGAUCGACGGCGAGACGCUGAGCUACGCUCUGCGCGAGGACGUGCUCGAAGACUUCAUCCUCCUCACCAAGAUCUGCCACUCAGUGUCGCUGGUGGUGCGGUCGAUCAAGAAGGGCGAGGGCAGGAUCUGCCUGGCCAUCGGCGACGGAGCCAACGACGUGUCAAUGAUUCAAAAGGCACACGUGGGCGUGGGCAUCUUUGGCAAGGAGGGAAACCAAGCGGCUCGAGCCGCCGAUUACGCCAUCCACCAGUUCAAACACCUCAAGCGACUGUUGUGCGUACACGGGCGGAAAAACUACAUCCAAGCCACGGGCCUGGUCCAGUUCUUCUUCUACAAGAACAUCUCCUACAACCUGCCGUUCGUGUGGUACUCCUUCUUCAACGGGUUCUCAGCCCAGAGUGUUGAUGUUGGUGCCGUGUGGAAUUCCACACAAAAGACGAUAUACGAUUCGUGGGUGAUCGGCUGCUUCAACGUGUUCUUCACGUCGCUGCCGCCCCUGUGCUACGGCGUGUUCGAGCGCGACCUCCGGGACGAAACGAUCGACAAGUACCCGCAGCUCUACCGCCGCCUGCAGAAGGGCCAGCUCUUCACGCCCCUCACCUUCCUCUCCUGGCUGGCCGACGCCGUGUGGGAGUCCUUGGUGGUGUUCUUCGCCGUCUACUUCAUGUUCCAGAACGACGUGCUGCUGAGCGAUGGCGAAACGCUGGACUUGUGGUCGUUUGGCAUUUUCGUGGGGACGUUCAUUACCAUGUUCAUCAACUUCCGCCUGUUCCUCUACACCAAUGAAUGGAACUGGCUCACGCAUGUCAUCAACUGGCUGACGAUUGGGUUCUACUGGGUCUUCAUGCCGGUCUACGCCACGUUCAACUUCACGCCCUACUUCACCAACCUGCACGGCGUCUUCUUCAUGUCUGGGCGAACCGCUUCGUUCUGGUUCCUCUUCCUCGGCACGGGCGUCGUUGCGCUCCUCCCCGACGUGGUGGCCAAAUACGUGCGGCACAUCUACUUCCCGGAUGACUGGGUGAUCCUGCGGGAGGCCGAGAGAAUCAAGCCGCCGCCCGACGGCAAGUGGCGCAAGCGGUGGCACGCGCUCUCGCGAACACGACCCUAUCGCGGUGAUGCCAGCACCACCACUCACAACGACGCCCACGAUGGUCACUGA